AAACCAACUGGUCAGAUAGGAGAGGGAACAUUUUCUGAUAUUCUGAAGACACAGUCUUUGGAUGGAAAUUACUAUGCCUGUAAACACAUGAAGCCACAUUUUGAAAGUAUGAAACAGGUGAAUAAUCUGAGAGAAAUACUAUCACUAAGGAGGUUGAAUCUGCAUCCUAAUAUCCUUAUGUUGCAUGAAGUUGUUUUUGAUAAAAAAGCUGGCUCCCUUUCACUGAUAUAUGAACUUACGGACAUGAAUAUUCAUGAGCUGAUAAAAAGAAGAAGAAAGCCAUUACGGGGUGGGGGGAUGAACUACAUGUACCAGUUAUGCAAAUUUCUUGAUUACAUACAUAGAAAUGGGGUAUUUCACAGAAACGUGAAACCAGAAAACAUAUUAAUAAAGGUAAUUAAUUUUAUGUGAGAAUACUUAAAAUUAAGAAAUUUUGGACCUUGUAAGACUAUCUAUUCUAAGCAGCCACACAUGGACUACGUAUCCACACGCUGGUAUGGAGCACCUGAAUGCUUACUUAGAAAUGGCUACUACAGUUACAAGAUUGCUAUAGGAUGUGUUUUCUAUGAAGUCACAAGGUACAGUCCUUCUUUCCUGGACCUGAAGCUGGACCAAAUUUCCAAAAUCCAUGAUGUUAUAGGCACUUCUGCUAACAAAACUCUCGACAGGUUCAAGUAGUCAAGGACUGCGAGUUUUGAUUUCCCCUUUAAAAAAGGAAAAGGAAUACCUCCUCUUGUGCACAGUUUGUCUCCCAAAGGCUUCUGUGUCCUGUAUGCAAUGAUAAAAUAUGAUCCUGAUGAGAGAAUUGCUGCCCAUCAAGCAUUACAGCACCCUUAUUUUCAAGAACUCUGGCAAGUGACUUCAAAUCACUUCAUCCUUGAAGACUAAAAUCAAAAAGUAAUGAAACACCUCUGGGACUGCUGUUGUUCAGAAUUUUCUGUGCAACAAAAAAGUGUAAAACAAGCAAUGUGAAGGCAGGCGAGCGGCAUGGUGUAUUGGAGGUCACUGCUGCACGUGAGGCACUAUGAAAAAACACACCGCGCAGCAGAUCACGGUAAAGUUACUUAGCCACCCCUUAAGCAUCAAUUGGAGAUUGAUACUCUAAAUCCAGACAGACAUUUUAUUCUAAUCAGUUAAGAUACAGCUUAAUUAAUGCAGUAAAAUAUGUGUUAACAUAAAGAUUUUACAAAAAUACUAAUAAUCUAGAAUAAAAGUUAGGCCCUUUAUGCUCUCAGCUCUUCUUCUGGGAUGUUAUUGGGCUAUGCGUUUGUGAAAAUAAUGACUCUUCUCAUUCAAAUAGAGCUUUUCCGGUUGGUGGCUUUUUUGUUGUGGUUUUUUGGUGGUUGGUUUUAAGAACUGGCAUCUCAACACUUGUGGGAUCCAGUUGUGACUGCAUUGGAUCCUAUUCCUUGUUCUGCUGUUCAGCUUCUGGGUAACUUUGAGCAUGCCCAAAUUCUACAUUGUAGCUUUUCAAUGAGGGGAAGCUCAUGAGACUCAAGUUCUUCAUGAGUCUUUUUGAGAUCUACUGUUUCAAAGCACCUAUCUUAUGUUUGUCUUCAUGUUUUGAAGAAGGUGUUACUUUCAUAUACUGUGCUGAGGACCAACAUGACGUUUACUAGCAGAUUUUUUUAAAAUGUGAAAAUGUUAGCAGGCUAAAUAUUUGUGGUGCAUACCAUGGGAGUAAUUUUUCAGUAUUGAUUCAAAUUGGACUAUCCAAGUUGAAUUGCACCUGCAUCAUGGCCUACUGUAUCUUUGCCCAUUUUAUUCUGUUUCUUUCUAGCAAACUCCCAGAAUCUCAACAGCAAGAAUGGAAAAAAAUCCCAGCCCUGGCAAGAGUUCUUGUAAAUUAAGGCCACAAACAAGGCUCUGCAGGGAAACCUGUAUUGCUGCCGCUCCUCCUAGGUACGGCAGAGGAACAGCAGAUUUCUCUUGCUAGGACUGAACAAAUACAUAAGCAGAAUUUUAGUGGAGGAAGUGUUCUACACCAGUAGAGCAAGUACAUCAUAAUAAAGGGAGAAUUAAACGGCAGAACGUAAUGGUAUGGCUAACUGCUCUUUCUCCUUUUGUUGAAACCCAUACUGGAGGGAUGCUGUCUUUCCUCCAGUUCGGAGCAGACAAUAUGCUCCUGACCACGGUACCUUAAAAGUGCCGGGGGGUGGGUGUACAUAGAGUGAGUGGCUGAGCUUUACUGCUGUUACAGUUAAUCAUCUCUCCACUUCAUCAUGCUUUCUUGUUACCAGCUCAUACUGCUAGAACAGAUAGAGAACUCCAGCAAUAAAACAAUCCAGUAUUUGUUUGAAUACCUAGCAAGAGAUUUUUAGAUAUAGAUAUACACAAAAUAAAUAGGUAUAUAAACCUAGCACAGGUUUAUACAUAUGUAUGUGUAUAUAUAUAAAAGAAAGGUGUGAUGCUAAGCUUAGGAAAUGGAAUUAAGGAUGGCAAGUGUACAGGCAACACAGUGUAACAGUAAGUUCCAACUUCCUACCUUUGGAACUCCAAGCAGAAGGUGCCAUGAGCUUCUCCAGCAUUUUUUGCAGAGGAAGAUGGUGAGUUGCUCGGUGCUAAUAUAUUUGGACUUGAGCAUGGUGUGCAGCAGUAAAAAUGAUGGUCUAAAAAUAAGUAACUUUAUCUGAGGGAUCUUGCUUUCCUCAGUUAUUAAUCUCUUACAAGAUUUAAAAAAAGGACAAAUCCUACCACCCCGAUUUGACUGAUCAUUCAGACUCUGAGCUCUCUUACCUAGCCUUAUGCAGUAGGUCAAGGCACAUGCUAUCAAGAGUAAGUUUGUGAUGGAGAUAAAUUAAUUGUAUUGGUACCCUCCCAUCAUCUUUUUCUGGAAAUCUCAAACCACAGAUAGUGAAGUUUACGUAUUUGAACAUUUCAACUAAAAAAAAAAAAAAAAUCCCCUCAGAUUGUGUCUGAAGAAGCUACUUUCUGUUUCCAAAAGUGUUACUGCAACUGUUUGCUUCUAUAAUUAAUAUAUCAGGUAGGUAAUUAUUCUUACACCAAGGAAGUAGUUAUUUCUUUAAAAAAGAUGAAGUCAGAGUUUUUGGUAAGCUUUAACUUGGAGAGAAAAGGCUAUCGUAGUAGUAUCAUGUAUGUCGCCAGAAAUUCAGACUGUUACAAUGAAAAAGGCAAUUUCACAUUCAGCAGAUUGUUCUUGCUAUGAAAAUAGGAAAUUUGAAGUGAAGGACCACGUUGGAAUUUUUCUUCAUUUAUUUUACACUUUCAGGUGGAUCUUACACACAGUUCAGCAUAUAUGGUGCUUCACAGGUAUUUAUUUCAUAACAAGUUCUUUGCCAUUAUACCUCUGGAGACAAGCUGCACUUCUCUGGCUCUUGGAUUAGUAGGCAAGCUUGAGUUUUCCCACCUGCUUCAUAGUUGAAAUACAGUCAACUUCAAACUACAGACUGGCGAGUGUUGUUUCUACCCUCAUUCUUCCAGCUAAAAUUCCAUAUUGAGAUGACCUGUGUGGCACUCGCUUUUAAAUUUAUUUAAUUUUUAACAUGGUAGGAAAAACUUAUUUAAGAGUUCUCCUAUAGCUACAGCUCUUAAGUUCUUCCCAGGUAAGCGAUUAGUAUCCUUUUGCUUCCUAAAAUAUUUUUUUUUCCGUAUGGAAUAAAGGGUGGGAUGGGCAGUUCAAGCUUCUAGAUGAUUGCCUAACAGUAAAGAGGCUGAAAAAAAAGAAAAGCCACGUGCGUUCCUUGUAUGCCGUUGAACUGUGUGUGAUUGUAGCAGGGCCGUUCUGCAGACGCGUGUGCCAGUAGCUGCUGUUCCUGCCCUAGUGCUGGACACUGUGGUCCUUUCUGUACUGGUUUUGUAUUUCUCCAGCUGAAGGAAGUAAGUCUUUUAAAGUUAUUACAUAUUUUCUGAACUGUUUCAUUUUGACCUAGACCGUAUGAAGCACUUAGUAGAAGUCGUCUACAGGGAGAUAACUACACUAGAUUUCGGUGACAAGGUUUAUCUGCAUUUUAACAGUUAAACCCCACUAUGUUAAUAAAACUUCUGAACAAUAAUCCUGCUCAGUUUCAGUAUUUUCCCCAUUCCUCGCCUUUAGAAUGUAAGGAGGUAAGGAUAAUAGAGCUGUACUUUUUACAAAAGUAGACGAUCUAAUUGCCAGCUUGUAAAUGUAUCUGGCAGCUUUCUACAUGCUAGCUGCAUUACAAGAAUAAGACUUAGUUAUGAGUAACUGCUGCAGUUAUUUCUCCCCAAAUUUUCAUUCAUUUCCGGGAAAAAAAAAAACAAAAAAAACAAAACAACCAAAAAACUUCUUAUGCUGGAAAACGUCUAAAGUUUACUUGCAAUUUAAAAAAUUCUAUCCACUUCAUUGCUGGAGAGCAUUAAUGUGUGCCCCCAGACAGAGCAUGUGCACACCCGGGCAAGUUCCACAUUCCCAGGCUAGCAGCCUCUGUUUCACUCUGCCUGCCUGAUGCCUGGCUGCAAGAUUCAGCAAAAGCCCAUUUUAUAUAAAUAU